ACGGACUAUUAGCAAAAUCGUUCUCAGUUCAAUUAUUUAAAGAGAUAGACUUCAAAGGCAAAUUCUGUUUUAUCAGUAGUAAGAUUUUUUCUAGUACUAGUAUUAACUUUCUUAGUACAGGUUGUUGAACUUGUAAGAGAAAGAGAGAGAUCUAAAAAGAGAGAUGGCGUCAAGAACAAUGAUUUCUAGAGGAAUAGUUGUUCAUCAGACAAGAAGCUUAGGUGCUAGAUUCAUGUCAUCAUGGUGGAACCAUGUUGAACCAGCUCCUAAAGAUCCUAUUCUUGGUGUUACUGAAGCUUUUCUGACUGAUCCUAGUCCACAUAAAGUCAAUGUUGGAGUUGGAGCUUACAGGGAUGAUAAUGGAAAGCCAGUUGUUCUUGAAUGUGUUAGGGAAGCAGAGAGGAUUAUUGCUGGAAAUAAGAACAUGGAAUAUCUUCCAAUGGGAGGAAGUAUGCACAUGGUUGAGGAGACAUUGAAGCUAGCAUAUGGAGAGAAUUCUGAUUUAAUUAAAGACAAAAAAAUUGCUGCAAUUCAAGCUCUUUCAGGAACAGGUGCUUGCCGAGUGUUUGCUGAUUUUCAGAAGCGUUUUAAGCCAGAUUCUCACAUUUAUAUACCUGUGCCAACAUGGUCCAACCAUCAUAACAUAUGGAGAGAUGCCCAGGUCCCACAACAAACAUUCCGUUACUACCAUCCUGAGACGAAAGGGUUGGACUUUGCAUCCCUGAUGGAAGACCUAAAGAAUGCGCCAAGUGGGUCAUUCUUUUUGCUGCAUGCAUGCGCUCAUAAUCCAACUGGAGUGGAUCCUACAGAGGAGCAAUGGAAGGAGAUUUCGCAGCAGAUGAAGGUUAAAGGUCAUUUCCCCUUCUUUGAUAUGGCAUAUCAAGGGUUUGCAAGUGGUGAUCCUGAGAGGGAUGCAAAAGCCAUCAGGAUUUUUCUUGAGGAUGGCCACUUGAUUGGAUGUGCUCAGUCAUAUGCUAAGAACAUGGGGCUUUACGGUCAAAGAGUUGGGUGUCUCAGUUUGGUUUGUGACGACGAUAAACAAGCAAUUGCGGUGAAGAGUCAGUUGCAGCAGAUUGCCAGACCCAUGUACAGCAACCCACCUGUUCAUGGUGCUCUUGUUGUUUCAACUGUCCUCAGUGAUCCGAAUUUGAAGAACUUGUGGCUCAAGGAAGUGAAGGGUAUGGCUGACCGCAUUAUUGGCAUGCGAACUGCACUCAGGGAAAACCUUGAAAAUUUAGGCUCACCUCUAUCCUGGGAGCAUAUAACUAAUCAGAUUGGCAUGUUUUGCUACAGCGGCAUGACACCCGAACAAGUAGAUCGCUUGACAAGUGAAUAUCACAUAUACAUGACCCGUAACGGUCGUAUUAGUAUGGCUGGUGUUACGACGGGCAAUGUAGGAUACUUGGCUAACGCCAUCCAUGAGGUUACGAAAUCCUCUUAGAGACGGGUCAAUAACCUUGAAGUGAUGAAAUUUGCUUGCAAGGCUAUACAAAAAUAUACUUGAUAAUCUAUAUGUAACUUAGUUAUUGUGGGUUCAAGGAAUAAUUUGCACUCAAGUGAUCUGAGGGGCAUAUUUCAAACAUCCGUUUUUUUUCGGGAUGAUUUUUUUUCCUUCUUUCUUGGUCUCAAUUACGCUUUCAAUUCUGAGCGUAAUAGGCUGAUCUUGUUGUAUCAUGAGAACUAAAGCUUAAAUCAUAGCUGAUAUGGUAAACAUAAUUUUAAACUUUCUUUGUCA